GAUUUUAUUAUAAUUAUUUAAUUUUCUUACUCGAGCUGUAUAACACUGCCGCGCAGACGUGACUUUUCGUCUUUUCAACAAGUUUAUCAACAUGGUGCACUAGAUUUUAAACUUUACGCUACCGGUUUCUAGGUGGCGCGAUGUGGUCGGUGUGCGUGCCCGGAUGGGGCGCGGCGAUGGUUGCGGGCGCGCUUCUCCUGUACAGCACCCUCGACGUGGCGUACUUCGCGCGUAUGAUGUACACCGUCGCACGCGCACGAUACUUCCGCAAGAAGGCCUGCAUACUCGAGACCACCGAAGUCGACUCAUGGUGCCUCCUCAACGACAUUGACACAUUACUUUACCACAUGAACAACGCCCGUUACCUCCGCGAGCUGGACUUCGCCCGGGCAGACUUCUACGAGCGAACAGGCUUGUACGCCAACAUCAAGGCGGCAGGCGGCGCCGUCGUACAAGCCGCGUCGACCAUCCGCUACAGACGUUACCUGAAGCCGUUUACCAAGUUCACUAUAACUUCCAAGGCAAUUUACUGGGACGACAAGACAGUGUUUAUGGAGCACGAAUUCGUGGGUCCAGGCGGGUUCGUGCACGCGGUGGCGGUGUGUCGGCAGCGCGUGAUCGACACGUCGGCGGCGGCAAUUGCCGAGCUGUUGAUGCAGCUGCACUGCGCCGGCGGCUGCCGCACUCCGCCCGCCAAGAUGCCACAAGAGUUGGAGCUCUGGGUGCAAAGCAACGAACUGAGUUCAGCCAGGCUCCGAGCGCCGCCGUCUCUCCUCGCGUCUCUCGAACCUCACCCCCACCCCCUGAGUUGCGGCGAGGUCAUGCCGCCCCCACCUCCCUCCGAAUGAGCCCCCUCUCACUGCCCGACCGACUGUCUCCGCUCUCGCUUGCGCAUCAACACGUAAACCUGUCAGAAAGAGACAACAACAGGGGAUACUCGUUCGGACAGUGAGCGUUCCGUCAGUCGCAUCGAGAUCGCCGUGGACUGCAGACGCGUAAAACGACUUCGACUUUUGUUUAAAGACAUAUUUGUAUAACUUUAUUUAUAGUUAGGUUUUAAUUUCAGAAGUAAUCAUGUUUUCGUAUUAUUUUUUAUUGUCCUAUUCCGACGUGCCUGUAUUCUAACGUAUCUGUAAUAUUGUUUAGGAUAGAUGUUCGUGUAAGUACUAAAAGUACUGCAUUAUCACUAAAACUUAAUUAUACACUCAACAUCAAGAACUCAAGAUACUUUAAGACAUUCUCCUAUACAGAAAGCAACAAUUUUGAAAUGUUUUAACUUAACGUAACUGAAUUUACUUUAAAUUAUUGUGAAUUAUUUCAAGAUCCCAAAACGUUUUCAGAAAGAACUUCAGUAAACAAAAUAAGUGUUCCAAGUUUGCAACUCUUGAUGAUUCUUCAAUGUUAGGUAAAUUCCGUUCAGCAGCAAUUAAAAAUCCAAAAAGGCUGAAUAUGAUUUUCUCGCAAAUAGGUAUUCUAUCAACAACUCACAAAUUGAUGUAAGUAUUAUUUAUUAUUAUUGAAAUUAUUAUUAAGUAAUGUGUGACCAUUUGUUUUAGGCGCAAUGUUCCGUGUUCACUAAAACUAUUGAAUUGACUUUUGAGUGAAUAGACAAAUAAUUUGUAUCAUUCACUGCCUUUUGAAGAUGACUAUUUACCUGUAUUUGUUUAAAUUGUGUCCUCUAGCAAAGCUAGUUACCUUGUUAUCCUAAAUUAUAAUUAUUUCCAAGUAUACUUUCAAUGUCUA